UUUUCCCUGGAGCGGACGGGUAUUUUCUUAUCGGCGCUCAUCUGUUGUUGUUAGUAGUAUUCGAUUCAGUUAGCAUUUCCGGUGUCGACAGCGUGUGUCACCCAAAUUACUGCUACAUUUAAUUAAAUAUUCCGGUACCGUCGUACAAAUGGAUUCUCUGCAUAUUGUUUCCGUAUUUGCGGUUAUCCUAGCGGUUUCCCGUCUGGCAUUCGGUGAAACACUCUCCAAUAAUGGAACGGUCACUGUUCCCCUCAGCGCCAGCAAUGAUACCAUUGUGGUUACACUGGCCCACACCGCCGUUCCACUCAACACCAGUAAUGCCAAUUCCAACAUCACUCUAGAUCAUCAGAAUGUGGCGGUAGUUGAGGAUAAACCUAAAGGUCACGGGCCACCACACUGGGGAUAUGUGCGACUGAAGAGUGCACUGCGUUCCAGCAAAGAAAGCGAUGAUGAUCUGGAUCCGGAAAACUGGCAGAAAGCGUUUCCACAGUGCAACUCAUCCCGCUUUGACAGCCGUCAAUCACCCAUUAACAUCAACACGAAAACGGUUCAGCGUGACGCAUCGCUCGGUCCCAUCGAAACUGUCCGCUACUCGUUAGAGCCCCGUAAAAGCACCUGGGAUGCUAUUAAUAACGGGCAUGUCGUCCAGUUUAGCGGCAACUACGUGACCCCACCGGAAAUUCACGGCGGCGGACUGCCCGAUGAUUAUGUGUUCCUCCAGUUCCACUUUCACUGGGGCGGCACCAACGCUCGGGGAUCCGAACACGCCAUUGAUGAGCGCCGUUUCCCGUUAGAACUCCAUAUUGUGCAUCGGCGCAGCGUCGAAUUCGAUGAUGAAGCACUUUCCGACAAAGUCGGCCUGGCGGUGCUCGGUGUGCUGUUUGAGCUGGUGGAUGAACCGCAGAAUGUGACCAGCAAUAAGCAUUUGGAGCAACUGAGCGUCCUGCUAGAUGCCGUUGAUGACCUUGACGACCCAGGAGAGAAGCGCAAAAUCAUCCUCCGCGGAUUUGAACUAGGCGAAGUUCUGCCGGAAAAUCGCACUUUCUACCGGUACAUGGGCUCGCUGACCACCCCGCCGUGUGCCGAAGCCGCCGUUUGGAGUGUCUUCUCCACACCGAUGCCCAUCACCGAACGAUACCUGCAGAAAUUCCGCAAGCUGCGCAUACGACCAGCGGCACGGCGAAUGGAAGUGGAUGAUUUGGACGAUAACUUAAUGGAUAACUACCGACCGUUGCAGCCGUUGUCGGGAAGAAAUAUUACUAUGUUCCUGGAUAAGCCUAUAUCAUCCAACGUUAUCCGGUCCAUUCCGGAUGUGGUUAUAACGAGUGUCAAUGCAACAAAGGCCCCCAACACCGGCAAAACGGAUGCGAAGAUAACACUGAAUGUAUCGGUAAAAAACGAGCCGCAACCGAUACAUAAAGAUAAAGCUUCGGGAGCUGUACAUUUUCCUGCUUCGUGGAUUUUCGUUGUAGUGUCUUUGUUUUGCCUCUGUAUUAAUGCGGAACAGUCAUUAGGUUGAGAGCUGAGAGAAACUUGUUAGUUGAACUGAUGUAAACGGUAUGGCGACUGAGUGAAUCGUAUUAUCGUGAUACUGUACACAAAUUUUGUUUCUGGGGCCGGGUUACAUUACUUACUUAAAUAAAAAUAUUGGACUGG